GCAACGAGAAGUAAUUUUUAUUUUCUUCCCCUUCUUAGAGAACAUUAUUUCCUCAUUAAAAAAAAAAUAAAAAUAACAAAGAACAUUGAAACAUUCAAUAAGAUCUUCAUUGUUUUUUAAAACAAAAUAGUUGAAUAACAAUUUCUAAACCUUAUUAUUAUUUUUACCGUUUCAUUCAUAGACAAAGAUGAUUACACACUUUUGGACAAUACUAUUUUAUACAUUUGUAUAUUUAUUUUCAAUAAAGAAUGCAGUACAAGUUGAAUUCGGUUAUGCUACACGUAUGCUACCAGAAUUUGGCGGUGGAUUCCCUAUACAAGAGCGUUCAAUACGUAUGUGUGGUGAUGAUUUCUUACAAAAUCUUAAACGUGUUUGUGCAAUGCGUGGGAUUUAUACACCAAUAACACGUCAAAGACGAUCAUCAGAAAAAGUCUAUGAGAUAGAAAGAUUACUACAUCGGAAUAAACGUUUCGAUGAUCUUUGCACUCUAUACGCAAUCUACGAACCAGAUCAAGUUGUUACCCAAUGCUGUUGCAUCGGUUGUACACGAAAAUACCUAGAGCAGUUUUGUAAUCCAAACUAGAAUGAAAAGAUGACAAGGGUGUUUUGUGAUUUCGAAUAAAAACAAAAAACAAACACGUAUAAAUAAUUACGAUAACAAGAAAAAUAAAACAGAAAUAUUUUAUUGUAUCCUUAUUUUUAACAUUUAACACUUUAGAGAGGAAAUAGCAAUGAUAAUAAUAAUAAUAAAAAUCAUAAAACGUUUUCCUUAAAUAUGUUCUUUAUAAAAACAUUUUGGUUCAUUACAGUUUUCACUCUAGAAAUAAAAGAUUGAUAUACUCCGGG